UUCGAAAGUGUCGGUUUGAAAAUUAUAUAUAACAGGCUACAUUAUUUUAAGGAAAAAAAACCUGUUCAAACAGAUAUGCGCAUACUAUAUUCGGAAUGAGAUUCUUUCACAUCAUGCUGAAAUGCAUCAACCCAUGUACAUGUAAUCAACAUCCGACUAUUAAUAACAUUUACGCGUAACGCUUGAUUCUCUGAUACAGUGCCAGAAGCUAGUGUCUUAUUCAAAGGAAUAAUCCCUGAUUAUAGAUCAUUGCAUAAAAUGGCUGAUGUUAUACAAUGCAACGAUAUAUUACGGAAUCCAAGAAAAACGAAGACUUGCAACCAACUCUACGACAAGCCGAAUCAGGCAAGGGCUUACAGCAGAUACAGGCCAGAGCCACCUCAAGAGUUGUUGGAUAUCAUCAUCAGAUAUCUUAGUGAGAAGUUCCCAAAGCCUUUCGACUUGGCUGUCGAUGUGGGGUGUGGUACUGGACAGAGUACCAUUGUACUGGCUCCUUAUUUCAAUUCUGUCAUCGGAUGUGACAUCAGCAAAUCUCAGUUAAAAGAAGCUGCAUAUUACAGGAAAGCCAGAAAUAUUAAUUAUAGUAUUUCUCCAGCUGAGAAUCUGCCUGUUGCUGAUCUCUCCACUCAGCUGCUGACAGCGGGCACUUGCUUGCACUGGCUUGAUGCUCAAGUCUUUUUUAAAGAAGCAGACAGAGUGUUGGCUCCCGAUGGGGUUCUGGCUAUCUACAGCAGCAAUAGCAACUACCCGGUGUCCGAAGAUGAAGAAAAGAACUACCAACUCAAGUGCCUCACUGAUAAACUUCUCAGCAAAGACCUGGCACCCUACAUGUCCUCCAAAUUGCAACAAGUAAGGGAUCGAUUUAGCAACAUCGAAUUCCCUUUUGAUGAAGUCACUAGGGUCCAAGACAUCAGUCAGACAUACUGGGGAAGAGCAGCAGACGCUAUCGGAUACAUUCAGUCCACGUCCUCAUUUCAGACUUUCUGUGCGGCCGAUUCCCGAAGAGCAGACAAGUUAGUUCAGGAAUACCAGAACAGCAUUAUGGAUAUCCUGAACGUCAACACUAGUCCCGAAAGCACAACGUUAGCCUACAAGAAGGAAUAUUUUUUGAUACUCUGUCGAAAAAGAGCACAACGAAAAUAAUAGGAAUGAUAAUGAAAAGAAAAUAUUCUGUUUGAAAUGUACUUUAAUUUUCUUUUCACAUGCAAGUCAAGAGUGCAAGUUAGCUUUAUGUGCAUACGAGGCAUAAAAUUAGUAUACAAAUCAGCAACAAGAUUUCUAGAAAACUCCCACCGAUUUUUUUAUUAAUGAUAUGUUACCAUACUGGUGAUAACUCCAAGGGCAUAUUAAUGUAGAUUUCAACAGAAAUAUUACCUAGUUGUUUUGCAAUAAUUAUUUUAUUUGUUUGCAAAUUACUCUUCGAAGCUUAUUGGCGUUGCUUUGGCUUAUAUCUUAUAGUAUACUUAUAUAUAUAUGUAUAUAUAGUUGAUUUAGAGCUUUGAAGAAAUUAUUGAUUUACUGAAUUUCAAGAAGAAACAGAAAUCGAUAAAUGAAUUUCCACACUUCAAACUUAUAUGAAAUAGCUUUGAAAUAAAAACUCGCAACCCUAGUAGCAUCACACUAUUGUGCAAUAUUUUGGAAAAUAUUGAAUAAUAUUAUGAAUAUCGAAAACCGUAUCAACACGAAGCAAUAUUCAAAACUCACCGAAAUUUUUAAAAGCAUUCUUACAUAUCUCUCUGAUGGAAAAGCAUUAGUUUUAACUUAAUAAGUCAUUUAAAUUGAAUUUCAUUCCAAAAACUUAUUGGAAUGAUUUUUUUAUUGAAAGGCAAAUAUUAUAUAAUGGUUUACAAUAUUGCGGUAACAGUAUUAAAAUUUCGCCACUGAACAACUUUGAGUAAUGCUGUGGAAACUAUGUCGUAAAUUCUAUCAUAGAAGGAAGUUAUCAUCAAUUUUUGCAUUUAAAAAUGCAAUAAAAUAAUUUAUUUGUUUGAUCUGGAGUGAUCAGACGAUCUGGAUACAUUUCUAAAUAUUUCGUUUUUAAUCGCUGUCCUAUUUUUUUAUUUUUUUAAUUAAAUGCCCUAGUUUGUUCUAUAUUCAUUUAAAAUAAAAUAAAUUAAUGAUAGAAAGUAAUAAAAAAACUAUAUAAGGAAAAUUAUUUAAAUAAAAUAAAAAUAGAUACAGAUGUAAAAUAAUUACCUUUGAAAUAAAUUCUCCAUUCUAUUUUUACAAUAGAUAAAACAUGCCAAAAUUAUUAUGUUUAUACUAUUAAAAGCUUAAAAAGAAAAUCUUUGUUUUAGAAAGAAUUUCAUUUUACAUGUAUACGUAAGCACAUAUAUUUUUGAGCAGUUUCGUGGUCGAAGACAUUUUUGUAAUUUUAAAACUUGAUUUAAAUUAAUUAAAUUUUUUAAUUUAAAACUUGGCGUCCAUUCCCAAGCGAAAAGAGCGAUAGAAAUAUUUUUCCCGGUGAUUAUAUAUCAUGAGAUUCUGAUAGGAAUUUCUUUACAGGUGUCAAUUUAGGUAAGGGGAAUUAUAGGGAUCUUUUAAAAGAAUGUGUUAGAUGGACAAAUUUUUAUCCCUUCACUCGGAGUGUGGGAAUUGCAGAUUUCAUCAGUUUUUACAGAGCUCGUGUUGAAUGAAUUAAAUCGAAAAAGGUAGAAUUGGAUCCGGAAAUAAGAAAAAAAUUUCAGAAUUAAGUUAAUAUGGGUUAAAUAAGGAUAAACAUUGGGGAAUUAAUCAGAAUUAAAUUA